CCAAGUGUCUCCCUUCCGUCCCAAAAGAGUCUCUUUUGCCUUCCUUUAAAUUCUUUAUCAAGUUCCCUAUUUAUGAUUCUGUCUGCAGACCAAGCAUUCGUGACGAAGCAAAAACACAUGAUUACAAUAUCACAACAUUAAAAUAAAUAUCAUUGCCUUUAGUUGAAGCUCUCUGGUGGCGGGUAGUAACAUUCCAUAGCUAUAAAGACUUCGUUUUUACUUGAUAGAUUCCUUCACAUCUUCUCUUUGCCUUGCCCCCGCGAACUUUCAAGAAAUCAUUUUGGGCUUUGGGCUUUGCUUGCGUUUGUUGCCAUCCCUCUUUCUUCUCUCUCUCCCUUUCUCUUUCAAGCAUGUGGGUUCCAUGCUUUUGCCUCCCCAAGGAAAUGCAAAUCAUCAAUGAGUAUUGAUCUAGGGGCCUCACUUUUCGAGAUGUGGUUCUGAUUCUGAGCUGCAGAACAGCACACUCCAGAGCAUGUCUUGUUUAGUUCCCUGUUUCAUGUCAGCAAUUCCAUUUGCCAUGCUAAUCAGACCUCCAAUGGUGUCCCUUUAGGGUUCUCUUCUGACGGUGGCUGCUGGAGUUUUCUGGUUGAUGCAUGUCUUGAGUAUUUUUUAUUUUCCCGUUAUAUCAAAAAUGGAAUCUGGAGUUGGGUUCCAUUCUGGAGAUGAGCUUAGAUUGGACCCGAAGUGGCUAAUUGAUCCUAAGCUUCUAUAUGUCGGGCCCAGAAUUGGAGAGGGAGCUCAUGGCAAAGUCUACGAGGGCAAAUACAAAAACCAGACAGUUGCAAUUAAAAUUUUGCAUAAAGGGGAAACUGCAGAAGAAGUAGCCAAGAGGGAAGCGAGAUUUGCUAGGGAGGUUGCAAUGUUGUCUAGAGUUCAACACAAGAACUUGGUGAAGGUUGGACUUAGUUUAUUGGCACCUGCAAGGAGCCUACAAUGGUGAUAGUCACUGAAAUCUUACUGGGAGGAACAUUGCGUAAGUAUUUGCUUAACAUGCGACCAAAGUGCUUGGACAUACAUGUUGCUAUUGGUUUUGCCCUUGAUAUUGCUCGUGCCAUGGAGUGCCUGCACUCUCACGGGAUCAUUCAUCGUGACCUGAAACCUGAAAACUUACUCUUGACUGAAGACCAGAAAACAGUCAAGCUAGCAGAUUUUGGAUUAGCUAGAGAGGAGUCACUAACAGAGAUGAUGACUGCUGAAACAGGAACUUACCGUUGGAUGGCUCCCGAGUUGUAUAGCACUGUCACACUGAAGCAGGGAGAGAAGAAGCAUUACAACCAUAAAGUGGAUGCCUAUAGCUUUGCAAUUGUGCUGUGGGAGCUCUUACAUAACAAAGUACCCUUUGAAGGCAUGUCAAACCUCCAGGCAGCUUAUGCGGCAGCCUUUAAAAAUGUAAGACCCAGUGCAGAGAAUCUCCCUGAAGAAUUGGCUGUGAUUUUAACUUCAUGCUGGCAAGAAGACCCAAAUGCCCGGCCCAACUUCACCCAGAUAAUCCAAAUGCUGCUCAGUUAUCUUUACACGGUUUCACCUCCUAAACCGGUGAUUCCUUCAAGAAUCUUCACUUCUGAGAAUACCAUCUUCUCACCAGAGUCCCCUGGCACGAGUUCUUUGAUGGCUGAAUGUGACAACGCUGGGGAUACUCCUAGAGGAAAGGAGGAAAUUAAGCCUAAUGGCUUUCUUUGUUGCUUCAACCAAUGCUUUUAAUAAUUGAAUAAGAAGAUAGAUCGUCUUCAAGGGAGAAAUCAAGGGAGAAUAAUAGAUAAAAAUGUGGUUAGGUAAGAGUCUAGUCCGCUACCGUGCAUUUCAAGGGAGAAAUCAACCAAUGCUUUUGGAGAUUGGUGAAAUGUCCAGAUCGAUACCUUUACAGUUCGAGUGAAAAUCAGUUCUCUUUUAUCCCUGCCGUGCAUUUCGUCUCAUGUAGGAUUUCAAUCAUACCAAUUAGCGUAAUCAUGUAGCAAUGUAGCAAGAGUUCCAUCUAGCGCUAAAUUAUAACUCGUAUGGUGGUAACAUUGUGCUCUGCACAUUCUGUCACGGUGGGGAGCAUUCUUGAUGCCACGAGAUCAAAGUAACAUGAUGCUUUAAGUUUUACGUUGAGUAGUAUGAGUUGUCCAAUAGAAUACUCAGGUAGGGUGAUUCCCUCUUGAGAGAUGAUUCGCCA